AUGGUUGCCAUCAAGAAUAUCGCCGUCGCAGCCCUCGUGGCCGGCCUCGCCGACCAGGCGCUCGCCAUGCCCAUUUCCGGAUCCGCCUACGAAACGAGAGAUCUCCAGGCGCGCAGGCCGUGGGAUGAGGGCUCGCUCGCCCAGUUCUUCAUCGGGUACCGCAAGCUCUUCCGCGCCAGCCACGGAUUCCAUGACCAGAAGCAGGCCAAGACUCACACCACCAAGGCCAAGUCCCACACCGAGACUCACGCUGAGGACCACGCCGAGGCCGACAAGGCGUCUGCGUCUGCCUCUACCCCGGAGCCCGCCCCGGAGCCCGCCGCAGAGGAGACUCCCGCCGAAGAGGCACCCGCUGAGGAGGCACCCGCCGCGGAGGCUGCCUCCGAGGAACUUCGUGACUAUCAGAUGGAGUUUGAUGAGCGGGACAUGGAGGAGCGAUCAUACUACCAGGACAUGGAGGAGCGCGAGAUUGAGCUCGACGAGCGGGACAUCGAGGAGCUCUAUGCUCGCUACCUCGCGAGCAUGGAGGAGAGUGAGGAGUGA